GAAUGGGUUGUAUAAUUGUGUCCUUUCCUUGUAUUUUGACUGAUGAUAGCUUGUUGAAUUAUCAUGGCUUUUUUUGUGACCCGUGAUUGGAUAAUAAACAUGUGCACCUUAUUAAAUCGAAAAUGGAAUUGCUACGUCGUGGACCCUUUAUAUGGGCAAUAUACAGUUCACUCGGCGAAUUGAAAAAACAUAGUACUUUUGUAAGGAAUUUUGUUUAUUUUUGUCUAUCAUAUCUGACUAUUAUGCCAUUGAAAUUGUCUUUGAUAAGAAUUUUCUACAAACCCUACUAAAUCUCCAGCAGCUGAUAACUGGACUUAUCUGAUAAAAAAAUUAUAAUAAUAUAUAUUAUACUAUGGAAUUAGAAUCUCUGAACACUAUAGAACUGGGUUCAACCAUACCAACUAAUCCUUUUUGUAAUAUAUAAUCUAUUAUUUUUUUGAAACUUUAGUAUCUCUAACUCUUUAGAAUGAAAACUAAAGUAAAUAUAAAAUUUACUUGGUAGGAAAAAAAAACAAGCACAUUAUUAAGUAGUGUGUAAGCUCCCGGACGCAAACAGAAAAGCUAUGACUUUCUUUGGAAAGUGAUGCUAUCCAAAUACGCAUGCUCUUUCUAUCAAAUUUGAGAUUUGUGACUCUGAUCUGUUGCUAUCUCUCUAUAAAUAGAGUGAUGGGAUGGAUUUGAAAAGAGAGAAAACACAGUAACAUAAAAUCUUUUUAAAAACAAAAUAAUAUUGGAGGAGGGUGAUAGAGAGAUAGGAGAAGGAAACUCAAUGUCGCCGAGGGAACAACGAAACCUCAGAGAGAAAGAGCGACGAACGCGCAUGAAACAUCUCUUCAUUAUACUCUCUUCUCAUGUUUCUCCCACUCAUAGGUUGCCAGUGCCUCAACUUAUAGAUCAAGCGACAUCAUACAUGAUCCAGUUAAAAGAGAAGGUAAAUUAUCUGAGGGAGAAGAAAAUGAGUUUGUUAGGAGAAAUGGGGAAUUACUCUGAACGGUCAUCGUCUCUUCUACCGAAACUCAGUAUCUAUUCGAGGGACUCGACCAUAGAAAUGAAUCUGAUUAUGGAUCUGAACAUGAAAAGAGUAAUGCUACACGAACUUGUAAGUGUGUUUGAAGAAGAAGGAGCUCAAGUUAUAAAUGCUAAUCUUCAGAACUUGAAUGAUAGGAUGAUCAUUUAUACAAUCGUAGGCCAGGCUAUCAUAUGUCGGAUCGGAAUUGAUCCAUCAAGGAUAGAAGAGAGAGUAAGGGAUCUCAUCUUUUGAUGAAGCACAGAAGCAGUAUCAAAGUCCGAAUCAUUAGUCUACAUUACACUAGUGUUAAUGCAAUGUUAUGUAUACGUUCUUUAAAUUCUUUAUAAUGUUGUUUUUGAGUUCCAUUAUGUAAGCAUGCAUGCGUCAACGAUUAAAAAUACAUUUCUUGAUUGUGA